AUGAACAACAUCUGGAGAAAGCCUGUGGGUUUUAAUAUGAUAGAGAUCAGACCCAAACUAUACCAGUUCUUUUUUGAAAGAGAGGCUGACAUGAGGAGAGUACUCAAAGGCAACCCUUGGACAUUCCGAAAUGCAUGGUUGCUUGUCAAGAAAUGGGAAAGGAGCAUAAACCCCAUGGACAUGGAUUUCUCAAGUGCUAAAAUACAGAUUCAGAUCUGGAACAUGCCCGAGCAUUGCAAAACAACAACUCUGGGAAGGAAGAUAGCUAGCAUAAUGGGAAGAGUAAAGGAAUGCGACCUCUAUUCAGCAGGCCCAGGAAAAGGUAGCUUCAUCAAAGCAAAUAUUCAGAUGAACUUGGCUGAACCGGUGAGAAAAGGAAUCUAUAUGGGAAGCAAGGAGGACGGGCAAACUUGGGUGGAUUUCAGGUUUGAAAGGCUUCCAACCUUUUGUUACUACUGUGGCUUAAUAGGACAUGAUGAGGUAAGUUGUGAAAAGCGUGAAGCUGAAGAGGAUAGUGGUAGAGCGAAGUCAAAGGAGCUAGGGCCAUGGCUAAGGGCAGAGAUAACAGGAACAAAAAUGGAGCAGUCAGGACCACAAAAGCAAACGGAAGAAAGACGACUAGUAGCUGGAGCAAAAGGAAUAACACAAGCUGGGAAAAGAGAUGUCAUAGAGAAAAUGGUUGAACUAACAGUGAAAGAACCCAUUAUUAGCACUGAGAAGAAAGCAGAGCAAAACCAAGGAGAGGAAGAGCACAGGAAAGCCCGAGAAGAGACCAAACAGAACCAAAAGACAGAAGAGGAAGGGAAGAUAAAGGGGCCAAAGGGAAAAGAUAUAGAUAGUUCCAAGAAGGUGGACAAUAUAGAAACAACCAAAGAUAGCAACAACAAACAGAAGCAACAACCAGAAAAAAAUAAAAGCCAUGAAAACAACUGCAAGAAAUGGAAAAGGAUGGCAAGGAAAAACUCAAAUACAACAUCCACAGAGGAGGAAAAACAAAAGAACUGGGAAAGAGGAAGAUGGAUGAAGUCAGCGAAGUAG